CGUCAUGUGGUACAAUGUUACUAGAUCACGAUAGUCUGUUUUUCGGGUCUACACUUUGCCGGUGUUUAGUGACGUUGUUAGUGAUCACAUGACUUUGAACCAAUCACGUAAUCGAAAAUCUCUUUACCAAGGAAGAGGGCAAGCGAUUAAAUUUGAAUCGCUUGAUAUAUUUACUAGUUUAAGUGAGGGACAGCGGAGUUUGUCGUCUUGUGCUGAAGGAAAGAUGAAGGGAAUUAUUCUAUUCACACUUUUGACCAUCUGGUCAAAUGUAGAUUGUACGCCGUGCUCAUAUUCUCCAUCGCAGUGGUGUACCUCUGUGGACUCAGCCAUCGAAUGUGGGGUAAGAUAAAUUCUUCUCGGAAUUAAAUGGAUACAAUGUUUUGGUAACACUGCAUGAAAACUAUAAUUUUGAUAUCAUGGAUGGCCAGUCCUUGCAUCCAUAGCUAUGUCUAUGAAUUUGAGUGUGGUUUAAUUUCUCCAGCCACAUACCUCAGACUUUUACCGAAACGGGUGCGUUUCAACUUUCAACUUUUUGUACAUUAAAAAUAAUAUUAAAAUAUAAUAUCAACACCCAUAAACUUUUUCUCUUCCAUAGGUCCUGAUUGACAUAUCAUAUCUAGACCCUAUUUAGGCCUACUAAAUAUUCAACCAAACUCACUCUGUGUGUGUGUGUGUGUAUUAACUUGUAUGGCUUUACUGUAAAGUCGUAUUACUUUUCUUGUGGCAGGUUCUGAAGCAGUGCCUGGAAGCCAAUGCCACCAAGCCCAACGCACCGGUGCAACCAGUGCAGGUGGAGCUGUACUUUGAGAGUAUGUGCCCAGGAUGCAGGUUUUUCCUCACCUCACAGCUCCUUCCCACAUGGACCAUGUUGCAGGACAUCAUGAGUGUCACACUGGUGCCCUACGGAAAUGCACAGGUACGUACUAUACAGUAGGCUAGAAAUGAUGAUGCUUGUCUCAUGUAUUAUGAUACUUGCUUGGAUAUUGCUUAGACAACGUAGUUAUCAGUGAAUGGAGUUGAGGAAUUGUGUGUUUAGUAAAAAUAAUUUUUGUUUGUCUCACUACAGGAAUCUUUUGAUGGGAAGCAGUAUCGGUUCACCUGCCAGCACGGUGAGGAGGAAUGUCUUGGCAACAUGAUCGAGGUGAGAUUUUGGUAACACUUUAUUUUACAGCCCACUGUUUACCAGGUAGUUACUUGGAAAUGACUUAUUAAAACUAUAAUUACCUAAAAAUUGCAUAGCAAUUACACUUUGGUUUCUCUGAGAUUCAUUGACGUAAGUACCAGAAAGUAUCCAUUGUCACCACAUAGCUUCCUAGUUAAUACCAUGUUAAUACCAGGUAAGUACCAGCUUAAACCGGGCUGUAACAUGAAGCGUUACAGAAAGAAAAAAAAUCUGCAAACUUGACACCAGCGACAUUGUUUUAAACCUUUUUCAUCUUCCCCUCUCUCUCCAGACCUGUAUAUUGAAUAUUACAGGAAGCAAAGCAUUCCAGAUCAUCUACUGCAUGGAGGCCUCCACUGAUGUAGUUAAAGCGGGAGAGAAGGUGAGUGACAUUAACUCUUACCUUCUUUCUCUCAACACAAGACCAUGAAAAGACCACACCUCAAACAAUAUACAGCACCCCCUAUUUUUAUUCAAAUACCUCUGAGAAAUAUGAACAAAAAGAGGCUGAAAUUAAAUCCAAAAAUUAUAAUACAGAAUCACUUUUUGCACUUGGUGAUUAAUGAUAUGUUCUGCUCACAUGUGGUAGUGUAAGGGUAUGGCUGGAGGGCAAGAUAAGAUAUGACCGGAUGGCAUUGUAAAUAUGAGGAUACUUGGAAAUAAUGAUAAUAAUAAUGUUCUGACCACCUGUCCCCUUGACAGUGUGUGGCGCUCUAUGACCCGAACACCAAGUGGGACAGCAUCAUGACCUGUGUGAAGGGAGACCAGGGGAAUCAGCUGAUGCAUCAGAACGCAGUGAAGACUGGUGCUCUGAAGCCAGCCCACAACUAUGUGCCUUGGAUUGUCAUAAAUGGGGUUAGUUCACUGAGGCUAAAUAUGCUUGUUGUAUGUGUCAGCAAGUUUACUGUAUUACUAACUGCUACUAGCAAAGUCUGUCACAUUCGACAAAGUUUAUUGCCUCGAUUGUUAUAUCUGGAAUCUUCUUUCAGGAGCACACCGAUGACCUUCAGGACAAAGCAAUGUCUUCACUCUUCACUCUGAUCUGCAGCAUGUGGAAGGUAAGUUUUACCAUUCCAGUUUUAACAGUGUUAUGUCCUAUCGAUCAUGUCCAUUCUUCCCUCCUUGUUUCUAUACAGUAUAUUUGGAAAGUAUUCAGACCUCUUCCCUUUUUCCACAUUUUGUUACAUUACAGCCUUAUUCUAAAAUCGAUUAAAUAAAUACAAAUCGUCAUCAAGCUACACACAAUACCUAAUAACGACAAAGCGAAAACAGGUUUUUAGAAUGUUUUGUUAAUUUAUUAAAAAUAAAAAACAGAAAUACCUUAUUUACAUAAGUAUUCAGACCCUUUGCUAUGAGACUCGAAUUUGAGCUCAGGUGCAUCCUGUUUCCAUUGAUCAUCCUUGAGAUGUUUCUCCAACUUGAUUGGAGUCCACCUGUGGUAAAUUCAAUUGAUUGGCCUCCAUCGUUCUUAAAUGGAAGAAGUUUGGAACCACCAAGACUCUUCCUAGAGCUGGCUGCCCGGCCAAACUGAGCAAUCUGGGGAGAAGGGCCUUGGUCAGGGAGGUGACCAAGAACCUAAUGGUCACUCUGACAGAGCUCCAGAGUUCCUCUGUGGAGAUGGGAGAACCUUCCAGAAGGACAACCAUCUCUGCAGCACUCCAUGAAUUCUCUGGUCUGAUGAAACCAAGAUUCAACUCUUUGGCCUGAAUGCCAAGCAUCACGUCUGGAGGAAACCUGGCAGGGAGGGACUGGGAGACUAGUCAGAAUCAAGGCAAAGAUGAACGGAGCAAAGUACAGAGAGAUCCUUGAUGAAAACCUGCUCCAGAGCGCUCAGGAACUCAGACUGGGGCAAAGGUUCACCUUCCAACAGGACAACGACCCUAAGCACACAGCCAAGACAAUGCAGGAGUGGCUUCGGGACAAGUCUCUGAAUGUCCUUGAGUGGCCCAGCCAGAUCCCGGACUUGAACCCGAUCGAACAUCUCUGGAGUGACCUGAAAAUAGCUGUGCAGCGAUGCUCCCCAUCCCCACGACAAAGCUUGAGAGGAUCUGCAGAGAAGAAUUGGAGAAACUCCCCAAAUACAGGUGUGCCAAGCUUGUAGCAUCAUACCCAAGAAGAAUCGAGGCUGUAAUCGCUGCCAAAGGUACUUCAACAAAGUACUGAGUAAAGGGUCUGAAUACUCAUGUAAAUGUUAUAUUUCCAUUUUUUAUUUAUUUUAUAAAUUUGCAAACAUUUCUAAAAACCUGUUUUUGCUUUGUCAUUAUGGGGUAUUGUGUGUAGAUUGAUGAGGGGGAAAAAACAAUUUAAUCCAUUUUCGAAUAAGGCUGUAACGUAACAAAAUGUGGAAAAAGUCAAGGGGUCUGAAUAAUAAUAAUAUAAUAUGCCAUUUAGCAGACGCUUUUAUCCAAAGCGACUUACAGUCAUACUUUCCGAAUGCACUGUGCAUAGUCUUCCUGUCUAUAGAAACCAAUGACAAAGAUCAAAUGAUUAGAAUGAGUAUAGACUUUGCAGAGACUGUACUAUAGAUAGUAAUUCAGUCACCCUAUGAAGUUGGUAUUUGUUGACACCUUUCUCCACCAGAGUGUGCUGUGAGAAUAAGAUUUCUAAAGUAUGCUCUGUCAUACUCUCCUUUAGGGGCCCAAGCCUGAAGCCUGCGGUGCAGCUCGGAUGAAACGACACAGAAGUUACUGCCAUGACGAGUAAAUCAUCUACUUCUCACCAUACCGCAAUAUGCCUUAGUGUUCAACUUGAAUGACCAAAUAGGGAUGGUAAAUCUGAACUUUUACAUUUGUUUGACACACUAUCAAUAAUGUUUUAACCUGGUUUGACUGUCAGUAUCACAUAGUUCUUCAGAUAAUCAAGAAAAGGGACGUCAUGUGCUGUAUCAUUGCUCAAUGAAUGAGCCUUCUGUGGAAUGAGCUAUGUGAAAUAAACUCUGAUAGCAAUCUAUUUUUAUAAACGGAUGAAAUUAAAGGAAACUAUUUUAAAAGGACUGCCUUCAUUAAAUUUGCAUUUUAUGUUGAAUGUGAUCUGUGGUCCUCUGUAGCUCAAUUGG